GAGGACAGAGAAACCUACGCACAGCCCCUGGGGAGGGGACAAGCGGCAGGGCCAGCGUCUGGUCAGGACAUCUGGCAGCAGUGACCUUGCUGGGGAAAAGAGCCAAGAACUAGGUAUCCUGGGCCUGGGACCACCCGCCUGAGAGGGGCAGGAGCCCCAGCCCCCUGCUGGGGACGCACGUGCCCAUCCUCGAGCCUGAAGGCACUCCUGAGCCUAAAGCACCGAGGCCCCCUCCCUCCAUUGCUGAAGAAGAGGCUGGAGGAGCUACAGCCGCCUCCUCCCCCCUCCCUGCCGCUGCUGCCUCCUCGGCUGAGCCGGCAGGUUGUCUUGGCAACGGGAGGCGGAGAGGAGAUGCGCUGAGGGAUGGAGGUGUAUGUCACCGAGGAAGCUGCCGAGCCCCACGCCCCAGGCCCUUGAAGCACGCUGGGUUCCUGGAAGAGCCGCCUGUUACCUGGGCUCUGAGGAAAAGCCGAAGCCCCGGGAUCUGCGCCUGCCCCUGCCCCCACCCUGGGGCCUCAGAGCACCUGGGCCACCCUGUCUGGGAAGAGGCCCUGCACUCGGCCAGCAGCCUGGAGAGUCACCGAGGGAUGAGGUCGCCACAGCCCGGGGGAGCACCCUUUCUGCUCUCGCGGCCCCGAGCGCGCAGCGCCCAGGAGCCGGAUAGAGCCUGACGCCCUGUCGUCUCCCCCUCGCGCACAGGCCUCUGCGAGUGAUCCGCCCGGCCAGCUCCCUGCUGCAUGGAACGGCUGCAGAAGCAACCACUUACCUCCCCUGGGAGCGUCAGCUCCUCCCGAGGCUCCAGUGUUCCCGGCUCUCCCUCCAGCAUCGUGGCCAAGAUGGACAAUCAGGUGAUGGGCUACAAGGACUUGGCCGCCAUCCCCAAGGACAAGGCCAUCCUGGACAUCGAGAGGCCUGACCUCAUGAUCUACGAGCCCCACUUUACCUAUUCUCUGCUGGAACACGUGGAGCUGCCCAGAAGCCGGGAGCGCUCGCUGUCACCCAAAUCCACAUCCCCCCCACCAUCCCCAGAGGUGUGGGCGGAGAGCCGGUCCCCUGGAACCAUCUCUCAGGCUUCAGCCCCAAGAACCACUGGGACGCCCCGGACCAGCCUGCCCCAUUUCCACCAUCCUGAGACCACCCGCCCAGAUUCCAACAUCUACAAGAAGCCACCCAUCUACAAGCAGAAAGAGUCCACAGGAGGCAGCCCUCAGAGCAAGCACCUCAUUGAAGACCUCAUCAUCGAGUCGUCCAAGUUCCCUGCAGCGCAGCCUCCCGACCCCAACCAGCCAGCCAAGAUCGAAACGGACUACUGGCCGUGCCCCCCGUCGCUGGCCGUUGUGGAGACAGAAUGGAGGAAGCGGAAGGCGUCGAGGAGGGGGGCAGAGGAGGAGGAGGAGGAGGAGGACGAUGACUCCGGGGAGGAGAUGAAGGCUCUCAGGGAGCGUCAAAGGGAGGAACUCAGUAAGGUUACUUCUAACUUGGGAAAGAUGAUCUUGAAAGAAGAGAUGGAAAAGUCAUUGCCUAUCCGGCGGAAAACCCGCUCUCUGCCUGACCGGACACCCUUCCAUACCUCCUUGCACGUGGGAACAUCGAAGUCUUCUUCCCUCCCCGCCUACGGCAGGACCACCCUGAGCCGGCUACAGUCCACAGACUUCAGCCCAUCCGGGAGCGAGACCGAAAGCCCAGGCCUGCAGAACGGAGAGGGCCAGAGGGGGAGGAUGGACCGGGGGAACUCCCUUCCCUGUGUGCUGGAGCAGAAGAUCUAUCCUUACGAAAUGCUGGUGGUGACCAACAGGGGGCGAACCAAGCUGCCUCCAGGUGUGGAUAGGAUGAGGCUUGAGAGGCACCUGUCAGCAGAGGACUUCUCAAGGGUCUUUUCCAUGUCUCCCGAAGAGUUUGGCAAGCUGGCUCUGUGGAAGCGAAACGAACUCAAGAAAAAGGCCUCUCUCUUCUGACGGCCCCCACCUGCUCCGUGACUGACCCUCACCCUUGCUGCUUCGGGGCUCUGGAGCUGGGGUCACUAGACCCCAAAGCAUCACCUCUGGGGGGAGCAGGCGGGUGGGGCAGAGGUGGGGUUGGCUCCGUUGCCCAGGUCGAGGGAGAGCAAGGCCCCUGCAGUGCUGGGGUUUUGGGACGUGGACCUCCUUCCCCAUGAUGAGCUGGGGGGGUCUCCUUCUCUCAUCCCUGGUCCUCGCUGCACAGGGCAAACCCAGCGUGCACUCCAGCACACACAGAGUUAGUGUCUGCACCCUCUCCCUGCCCCCACCCCCAUGUGAAGGUCCCCAGAAGGGAGUGAUGAGACAUGAACGUGACACUUGGUGGUCAGGCCUGUCUGCUGUCCUGACCAAGGGGUGGGAAGAACCCUCGGGCCUGGUAGGAGGCACGUGAGGGUGGGAAGCAGCCACGCAGGCAGAGAGCGCCCAGGACCCUGUGUGCACCCAAACACUCCUCCGCAGCUCACCUGGGACGGGUUCCCCUGCACCUGGGCCUCCCGCCUCUCAGCCUCCAGCAGGGAGGCCACCCAGCCCUCCAGCUUACCCUGUCCUCUCCUUGUGACCCCCAAGCUUCGAAGCCUCUUGCUCCAGCCCUGAGGCUUCCCUAGAAGCCUUGGCUUAGAGUGGAGAUGUCGCCUAUACAGACCCCCAGCCCCACAUCAGCCUUCAGGCUGAGUCGGCUAGAAUGCUACCUUCUAGCAUCCAGGUCCUGGGCAGAGCCCAGGCCUUUGGGCUCCCCUGGACGGGAUGAGGAGCCAGGCUGAGAGUCCUGGCUACCGGGUCCCACCCACACCCCCGCAUCCCCCACCAUGCUCUCUAAAGAAUGUAAUUUAUUGGGGCACCCCCCAGCUGCUUUCCUCACCUAACUCUCUGCCCUACCUUAAUCACGCUCCCAGCUUUUCUUCUCUCCAAAUACACGUGUAUAUAAUUAUAUAUAUAUUUUUUUGCCGGGGUCUGGGUUUUGUUCCUGCCCAGACCCCGACAUCCCUUUCCACCGUGUGUGUGUGAUAAUGCUGGGGGAGGGGGACUCUGCUUGGAAUUAAAAGGUUGCAUCGGG